AGACCUUCUGGAAGUUUCUCCACAGUUCCAGUUCUUCACCUUCAUAUAAAAUGGCCGUGUGUCAGAUGCGUCGUCUCGCCCUGGUCUUUGUAUUCAUGUUCUCUGACGUCUGCUGUGGCGCUGUCAGUCUGUCUGAGGGACACGAGCUACCAGACAAGAUGCAACAGGGGCCUCUGACGACCGAGCAACAUGCAGGCCAACAUGUGAUGACAGUGCACCCUGGAGAUAACGUCACUCUGAGAUGUGAGGCUGGUAAUGUCUCCAUCUUAGCUGUAGAGUGGACAAGACCUGACCUGGAGCCACCACAGUACGUCCUCUUAAACAGAGACGGACACUUCGACACAACCUUCCAGCAUCCAUCCUUUACAGGCAGGGUGGAAGUGGUGGACAGAAAGCUGAAGGACGGAGACGUGUCUUUAACUUUGAAGAAUGUGACCAGCAGAGACUCUGGAACAUACGAGUGUCGAGUUAAAUCAGGUGGAUCAAGACUUAAAAAGAGAGCCAUCCUCAAGACUAAUCCAAUUACAGUCAUCCGCCUGGAGGUUACAGGUUCAAAGAAUGAGAACUUCAUGGAUGGAAACUUCCCUCGUGGACACGUUGGACUGGCAGCAGGAGUUGUUGCAGUGCUUCUUUUAGCUGCUGCAGUGUCUGUUGUUGUCUGGAAACAUAAAAGACGUAUGGACCAAAGAUCAGCACAGUCUGCUGCAGAUGAAGCAGGAAACGAUCAGCUCAUGAGUACCUCUGCUGUCUGAGACUCUUCACCAUGAUGGUCUGUUUCAACAAUAUUCUCCACAGGAUGCAUCAUUGUCACACCUUCAGUCUUAAAACUUGAUUGGGCAGAAAAACAGAAACCUCUACUCUUUGAAUCUUUGAAGAAGUAGGACAUCAUGCAGGAGGCCCUGCCACACCCUUCCCUCUUCUCUCACCUCUGAAUGCCCACAGUAGGAGUUGCAGUCUUGCCCUGAAUGUGGCCUGCUUCCAGCAGACUAGCAAGAAUGCCUUAGUGACCUAGAAGAAUCCAUUUCCUAUGAACUCCUUUUUAAAAGACAAACAAUAAACCGGAUGUCUUCUUGGAAAUCUGGGAACUGUUUCUGAUACAUUUCAGAGAAUCAAACUCAGAGUAAUGUCUUGUCUUAUUUUGGAGCCAAGCAAGCGUUUUUUUUUGUUAAUUUUAUUUUGUCUGUUAAAUGUUUCAACAUACGUGGAUAUAUGUGAAUGUGUAUGUGUGUGUAUAUGCAUCUCAGAGGUACAGAGAACCUGUUAUUUUAUUAAUUUAUUAAUUAGUCCCUCCAGAAAACCAUUUUCUUGCGAUCGCAAUAAUUAACGCAAAUUCAAUGCAAGUCUGCAAUAUUUGCAGGGGCUUGCAAUUUUUCAAAAGUCCCACUGUUUUUCCGCAUUUUCCGGCCAACCGGAAGUCGUCACGCACCCAACGUCAUUUCAAACGUCAGACAUCAGAUUUGACGUGUCAUCAAAUGAGUUUAUGUUAUUGCAGUAUGGAGAAACGUUCCGUAUUGACAUAAGAAUUUGCACUUAGAUCCUGGAGGGACUGAUAAAUAGUAUUAUUAUUAUUAAUAAUUAUUUUUAUUUAUUUAUUUAUUUAGUUGUUAGGCCAGACAGAUUUUGUUUUACACACACACACAUACACACCCAUGCUAAAUUUGUAUG